AUGAACUUUCCACGAAACAAAAUGACGGGUCUCCGCGAUGAGAACACGUCUGCUUCCAUGCGACUGCCUCGAGCCAAGACCGCUGAGCCUUCUGACAUGGACAUCAGCAUUGGCGAGAACGGAGCCCUAAACGCUCGGCCCGCCCUCAACGAUCUGAGCAACGUCGGCCUCUCUGGCAACGUCUUCAAGCACACUGCGGCCUCCCAGGCCAGACGGGCCCUCACAUCCAAGACCACGAACGGCGCAGCUACCAACAAGCCUGCUGUCAAGCCCACCUUCUCUGCUGCCGUGGCCGGUCUCAGUCGAACACGACAACCAUACAGCAACAACCCCAACACACAACAGCCAUCCAACAUUACACGAGCAUCAUCCACAACCACAAACCCCUACACGCGACCCCAACGUGCGUCUCUGCAGACCAAGUCUGUGUCUGCGGACUUUAGCAUCCCAGUCUUCCAGAGCAAGACUGGGCCUCUGGAUGUCCCCCCCAUGACCCGAAAGCGGCCAUCACAGGGUGCCAAGGACAUGGAGAUGCCUCGUCUGGCCGCCCGGGGAGGAAAGCAUCAUCAGACGAUGGAGACCUUUGCCUACCGAGAGGAGGGUCCCCUGGCCAAGAAGCACAAGCAGGAGGAGGACAAAACUGCUGUGGCUCUUGAAGCCGAGCAGGAGGAGGUGAUUCGACGACCUCUUAUCCAGGUGCUGGCUCCUGGAGCCACUGGAAUCGACGUGGAACAUGACGAUCUGGAUGCUGAGGACAUUGACGACCCCAUGGCUGCCGGCGAGUAUGUCGACGAAAUAUUCACACAUCUGUACAACCUCGAGGAGGAGUACCAACCCAAUCCCCGAUACAUCGACGACCAGAAGUCUCUGUCAUGGAACACGCGAGCUGUGCUAAUUGACUGGCUUGUAGAGGUCCACCAGAAGUUCCGACUGCUGCCUGAGACUCUGUUCCUGGCCGUUAACAUUGUUGAUCGAUUCAUGUCUCGACGGGUGGUUGCCCUGAACAAGGUCCAGCUGGUGGGGAUCACUUCUCUGCUGCUUGCCACCAAGUAUGAGGAGGUCUUCACUCCCGCUCUCAGCAACUUCGUUUACGUGGUAGAUGGCUCGUAUCCCGAGGAUGAGAUUUUGCGGGCCGAGCGGUUCAUUCUGCAGGUACUUCAGUUCAACCUGUCGUACCCGAACCCCAUGAACUUUCUGCGACGAAUUUCCAAGGCUGAUGACUUUGACAUUCACUCCCGAACGUUUGGCAAGUACCUAUGCGAGAUUGCUCUGGUGGACCACACCUUCAUGGAGUUCAAGCAUUCGCUCGUUGCAGCGGCUGCCAUGCAUGUUGGACGGAUGAUGCUGGCCCGGUCUCAGUGGACCAACAACUUGGUCUACUACUCCGGAGGAUACACACAGAAAGACAUCGCCCCUGUUUGUCGCAAAAUCUUCCAGUUUCUAAUUGGACCGGUGGAGCACGAAGCCUUUUUCAAGAAGUAUGCCACCAAAAAGUUUCUCAAGGCCUCCAUCAUUGCUCGAGAAUGGGCCCUGGGCGUCCAAGAACAAAUCAAGAAUGGUGUCAAUUCUUACGAAACUAACCUAUUUAUCUAA